GGCUUUGCUCUAAAUAUCAUUCGGUUAAACAAAAUUCCCUAUAACGCACUUUUUUCGACAGAUAUAUCAAAAUUAAUAUAUAUUUUUUUGUGUGGGUUUUCUUUUAUCUGUACCAAGCAUGAUACCAAUUGAUCCGCAAAAUGAGACAGCCUAUUCAUUUGUAGUGUUUGGCGCAUCGGGUCGUCUAUCGAAAAGGAAAAUCUUUCCGGCCCUUUGGGCCCUCUAUCGUGAUAAUCGUUUGCCACAAGGUACAAAAAUUUUUACCUUUAGUCGAACAAAACUUCAUACAUCAAAAUAUCGCUUGCAAUGUGUACCGUAUAUGGGCUUGGAUAAGGAACGUGAUCAAAAGAAAUAUAAUAGUUUUUGGACCAAUGUGCACUGUGUGCAGGGUGAAUAUGAUAAUGCAGCGGACUAUGCAAUGCUUGGAGAGGCCAUGGCCAUGCAGGAGACAAAACAUAAAAUGAUUUAUGCCAAUCGUAUAUUUUAUUUGGCCAUACCACCAAUAAUAUUCGAUAAUAUCACAUUGAAUUUGGUGCGCAAAUGCAAGUCGGAGAAGGGCUGGAAUCGAAUAGUUAUAGAGAAGCCAUUUGGUCGUAACGAUCUAACAUAUAGGCCAUAUCAAUUGAAUUUGUGUCAAAGUUUUAAUGAGUCUCAAAUCUAUAUGAUUGAUCACUAUUUGAGUCGGAGAGUAAUGCAAAAUUUAUUUGCUCUACGUUUUGCCAAUCGCAUAUGGUCGGAUAGUUUUAAUAAUAACCAAAUAGCCGCCGUUAUGAUCACCGUUAAGAAUGAGAAGCAUGUGAGCGGGGAUUAUUUCAAUAUAUACGGCAUUAUAAGGGAUAUGAUGACGAAUCAUAUGAUGCAAUUGCUCACAAUGGUGGCCAUGGAUCAGCCCUUUGACAACGAUGUCGAAGACAUGAGAAACGAAAGAUAUCGUGUGUUAAAAGAUAUUCCAACAGUCGAUAUGACCGAUGUGGUUCUAGGGCAAUAUCGUAACAAUUUUAUGGAAAGUGAUCCAGAAAAAGUUGGUUAUACCGAGCAUAGUUAUAUACCAAUGGAUUCUUUGACACCUACAUACGCUAUGGUAGUUCUGAAAAUUAAAAAUAAACGUUGGUCAGAUGUUCCAUUCAUUUUAAGAGCUGGCAAAGCUAUGAAUGAGACAAAAACCGAAGUGCGAAUUCAAUAUAAAUCGGUUGAAUCUGACCUAUAUCAUCCCAGUGAAUUGGAUAUACGCAAUGAGUUAGUUUUACGUUUGGCACCCUACGAAGAGAUCUUUAUGCGUGUUCAAUUGAAAAAACCAGGCGAAGAGCUUUGCCUUCAGGAUACCGAAAUAAAUAUGUCUGUGAAUGAGAAAUCAUUGAAAUUGCCAUCAAAUUAUGCAAGUCUUUUGCUAGACAUAUUUAAUGGGAAUCAAACAUUUUUUAUGCGCACCGAUGAGCAAUGUGAAAUUUGGCGAAUAUUCUCCGGUGUCCUCAAUGCCAUCGAUGUGGAGCGUCCGAAACCGUUUUUGUAUGAUUAUGGAUCAAGGGGACCAAUACCUGCAUAUCGGAAAGCAGAACGUUCCGGUUUUGUAUUCUUUGCCCCCGACAAUUGGCAUGAAAGUAAGGAUACACUGGCCUUUACGGUAAAGAGCAGUAGGCAGCCCACAACGAACAAUAGCAGAUUUGUAUCGGCAAGGCCGAGCCGUAUGCAAACACCCAAGGAAUCAACUUUAAAAUUCGCUUAACCAAAAAAAAGAGCAAAAAAAUGUGAUGUGUGGUAUCGAAUAAAAAG